AUGCCUCCCAAACCCAACCAGGACGUUGCCGGUCAGAUGAACUUCCUCUUGACCUGCAUCAAGCACUCCAGCCAAGGCAAAAUCAACUGGACCGAGGUCGCCGAGGAGCUCAGCAUCGUAUCCAAGGCCGCUGCUGCCAAGCGCUACGAGCGCCUCCUGAAAGCGCACGACAUCCAGCCACCCAGGAACUCCAGCUCCUUGGCCGAUGAGGCGGGCCCCAGCGGCGCGAGCAGCCCGGCGAAGGUCAAGACUCCUCGUGCUGCCCGCACCACUAAGCGCAAGAGGGCCACUGCGACCGUCAGCUACAACGAGGAUUCCGGCAAUGAAGGGUCCGCUGGCGAGCAGCGUGAGCCCUUUACGUACAAGGCUGAGCCUGAGGACUCGGAUGAGGAGCAGCGCCCGCUGAAGAAGGAGAAGUCUACUCCUGAGGUGCAAACCAAGCAGGAGGAGGGUGAGGAUGGUGAGUCCGACUCCGAUUACUUUUCGUGUUACUCUGACGAUGUCGAUCUUCUGGUUGUUGAAAGACAUCAAGGCAGAGUACACUCGAUACAGGUGUGGGGGAAAAGGAUACGAUGUGCUAAUGGAUGUUGUGGAGAGGAUAGAGGGCAAGGACAACUACAAGUAUGA